AUGUUUAGACAAACAGUAACUCACCGCAUCAAGGCGGUUUUACCCCGUGUUACAAGCACCAUUGUCCAUCAUGCUAGCAGCAGGGUGAUCCAACCCUCCAUGGCAGUGCGCUUGACAACUGCACGCUACAUUUCAAGCUCUGCCAGCCAGUCCAUUUGGAUCCCAUUUGAUAGAAACUCAUUGCCUGAAGACGAUCCUCGUAGAGGAGAGCAAUUUGAAGAUGAAACAGAUGUCGUGAUUGUCGGUGGUGGACCAUCCGGUCUCGCAGCAGCUAUCCGUUUGAAGCAGUUGGCCAAUGAAGAAGGUAGAGACUGCCGUGUCAUGUUGAUUGAAAAGGCUGGUGAAGUGGGUGCUCAUACACUGAGUGGUGCCGUUCUUGAGCCAAGAGCUUUGGAUGAAUUGAUUCCUGAUUGGAAGGAAAAGGGGGCUCCCCUCAACACACCUGUCACUAGUGAUUCCAUGCGCUUGAUGACCAAAUCUCUCUCGAUCCCAUUGCCUCAUCCUCCUCAAAUGAACAACAAGGGAAAUUACAUCGUGUCCUUGAGCAAUUUCGUCAAGUGGUUGGGCGAGCAAGCUGAGGAAUUGGGCGUCGAGAUCUACCCUGGAUUUGCUGCUAGUGAAGUGCUCUAUAACGAGGAUGGCAGCGUUAGAGGUGUUACACUGAAUGAUGUAGGUUUGGAUAAAAACUUUGAGCCCAAGGAUACAUAUGAAAGAGGUAUGGCUGUCAAGGCCAAGGUCACCCUCUUUGCUGAAGGCUGCCAUGGUUCUCUUACAAAGACAUUGGCCAAGAAGUUUGAUUUGAGAAAGGAAAGUGGACCUCAAAAGUACGGUAUUGGUAUCAAGGAAGUAUGGGAAGUCUUGCCCGAAAAGCACAAGCCUGGAUCUGUUACACACUCUGUCGGUUGGCCUGUUGAUGCACACACAUAUGGUGGUAGUUUUAUUUAUCAUUUCGAACCUGAGCGUCAUCUUGUCACGAUUGGCUACGUUAUCGGUUUAGAUUACUCCAACCCUUAUUUGAAUCCCUACAAGACAUUCCAGCAAUUCAAGCAUCAUCCCUCUGUCAAGAGCCUUUUGGAAGGCGGUAAAUGUAUCUCUUAUGGUGCCAGAGCUCUCAAUGAAGGUGGCUACCAAUCGAUCCCCAAGCUGGUGUUCCCUGGUGGUGCCUUGAUUGGCUGUACUGCUGGUUUCUUGAACGUACCCAAGAUCAAGGGUACUCAUACUGCCAUGAAGUCUGGUAUGCUCGCUGCUGAAUCAGCUUAUGAAGCUUUGUACAGUGGAUUGGAGCCCGACCAAGAGAGUCAAGUGGAAGAACCUGUUUUGCUCAACACUUAUGAGGAGAGAAUCAAGGAUUCUUGGGUUUACAAGGAACUGUAUGAGGUGCGCAAUGUUCAACCCUCUUUCCACGGUCCUUUGGGUCUUUGGGGCGGUAUGUUGUACUCUGGUAUCGACACACUCUUCUUGAAGGGUCGCACUCCUUGGACAUUCAAGCACAAGAAGGCUGAUUGGGAAUGUAUGAAGACUGCUGGUGAAUCGAAACCCAUUGAUUAUCCCAAGCCCGAUGGUGUGAUUUCAUUCGAUUUGCUGACCAGUGUAUCUCGUACUGGCACUAACCAUGCUGAAAACCAACCUGUUCAUUUACGUAUUCGUGACAAAAAUAUCCCCGUUGAGAGAAAUUUAGGCAUCUUUGAUGGCCCUGAAAAUAGAUUCUGCCCUGCUGGUGUCUAUGAAUACGUGGAUGACGAGAACAAACCUGGAGAGAAGAGACUUCAGAUCAACUCUCAAAACUGUAUUCAUUGCAAAACGUGUGAUAUCAAAGAUCCUUCGCAGAAUAUUGAUUGGACUGUACCUGAAGGUGGAGGAGGACCUCAAUACGUUUGGACUUAG